AUGGCACUCGGCAACUGGUUCCAAUCUACAUUUAGACUGCAAGGGUACCAGAGAACAAACUCAAACGACCCUUCAAGUGUCAGCAAUGCGAUGCCUGGCGCAUACGAGCAAGACCAGACACCUACUACGCCAGGAGCCACUUUUCGUGAAUCAAUGAAAAAAGUGUCAACGUUCAUCAGUGUUAUCAUUGCUAAACCAUUGAUCAUUUUACUUUUGCUAAUAUUUCGAUUACUUUCCACCAUGAUCAACUUUGUCUAUUUCAAAGACUUGAACACAUCACCAUUGCCUAAUGAAACGAUUGAUCCUAUCGACAAAGUAAACAAGUUUGUUAGAGAUUUGGAGGACAAUAUUCAACCACUGAUUACUCAAAACUUGAAUCAACUACCACCAUUUUUCCAAGGAAGCUAUACACAGGCAUUGUACAUGGCCACACAACGAGGGAAGAUACUUUUCGUGUACUUGACCAACCCUCAAAAUGAAAGCGCAUCAUUCAUUUUCAAUGACAUUAUAAUGAAUCGGGAGUUUAUACGGCUAUUCGACCAAGAUAUCAUUAUAUGGGGCGGUGAUUUGAAGAACCCUGAAGCGUAUCAACUAGCAAACAGUUUGAACGUAACAAAAUUCCCCUUUUUGGGGGUAUUGUGUCUAACCAGAAUUACGAAAAUGACCCCAGAGGGACCAAGAAAGGAGCCAGCCAAGAUUUCACUAAUUGCCAAACUUCAAGGUGGAAAAAUCAAUCCGUUGGAAGAUGCCAAUUCAGUCAUACGCGACAAGUUUGUGAAGAAGAUUGCCAAAUAUGAACCUGAGUUGAAAUUGAUACGACUAGAAUUGCAGGAUAAAUACAUGACUGAAGUUUUGCGCAAACAACAAGAAUAUAAUUAUAUGGCAUCGAUGCAACAAGAUAUGAUGAAAAAGAAUGAAAAGAAAAAGAAGCAAUUGGCAAUGGAAUAUUUGAAAUACAAGGCACCGUUGUACAAAAAUGUGACUCACCCACCCCCAAAAGAAGAGACGAAAAAUUAUGCAAGGGUUGUGUUGAAAUUCCCCGACUCAUCAAGACUAACUGCUUAUUUCCCAAAACAUUUCAAAGUUGAAGAUAUAUUCACAUUUGUUGAACUUGUUAGAGAAAACUUGUCUGAUCUGACUUCCAAUUUAGGUGAGCUGGAAGCAACAAACAAGUUUGAACAAUUCCAUAUGGAGUACAAGUUUAAGCUAGCGUCGCCACUACCUCCUCGAAUAGACUUGUCGUUGAAAAGAGAUGAAGAGAUUCAAAACAUUGAUUUAAUUUACCCCAAUGGGUUGCUUCUAGUGGAAGAUGUAUAG